AUGGGUGAGGCCCUGGCAGAUGUGAGGAUAAGUCUACUGCUGCUCUGGCCGGGGGUGAUUCUGUUCCUAUUCGGAUGGCUGCAGAUUGGACAUUCCCAACCCCUUAGCCCCCCUGAAGUGGUGAUACCCUUUAGGAUAACUGGCAUUGGGAGGGAAAUGAAGGCCCCAGGAUGGAUGUCCUAUGGCCUGCACUUUGGGGGCCAGAGACACAUUAUCCACAUGAAGGUCAAGAAGAAUUUGGUGUCCAGAUAUUUCUCUGUGUUCACCUACACAGAGCAGGGUGCUCUCAUCGAGGACCAGCCUUUUGUCCAGAGUAACUGCUACUAUCACGGAUUUGUAGAAGGGGACCCAGAAUCCAAGGUUGCUCUUAACACCUGUUCUGGGGGAUUUCAAGGACUACUACGGAUAAAUGACAUUAUUUAUGAAAUCCAGCCCAAAGAGCUUUCUGCCACAUUGGAGCAUCUAAUUUAUAAGAUUGACAGUGAGGAGACAAAAUAUCCAGCCCUGAGAUGUGGAUUAACAGAAGAAGAAAUAACACGACAAUUGAGGCUUCAAGACAGUGAUAAUGCCACUGAGAUGCAAAGCAGUUAUGAGGGCUGGUGGACCCACAAACGGUUUGUUGAACUGUUCGUGGUGACGGACAACCUACGGUUCCUUUAUAGGGAAAGUAACAUCUCAUUCGUGCAGAAGGAUGCAAUUCAGGUUGUCCAUGCACUAAAUUUCCUUUACACUCCAAUGGAUGUUGAGGUGUCUUUACCUGGAAUUGAGAUCUGGAGUGAAAAAAACCUUGUGGACUCACAUGAUAUAUUUAUACUCCUCACAGAAUUUUGCAAGUGGAAGAAAUCAAACCUUAAUUCCCGCAUUCAACACGAUGUUGUUCAUCUUUUUGUACGGCGCAGCUUCGGUAAAUUUCUUGGCUUAGCUUAUAUUGGAACAGUAUGUUUUCCUAAUUCAAACUGUGCAGUUAGUAGUUUCAUGGGUUCUGACACAUAUAGUUUUGCAUUAACUGUGUCACAUGAGCUUGGCCAUAACUUGGGUAUGCCCCAUGAUGAUAAGACAUGUAAAUGUGCCAAGAAGAAGUGCGUAAUGUAUCCAUCAAAAGCGAAUACAGAUAAAUUCAGCAACUGCAGUUAUUUUCAUUUUUGGCGAACUACUGGAAGAAGGACCUGUAUGCACACUGCACCAAGUCCAGAGAACAUCUUCACAUUGAAGCAGUGUGGAAACAGUGUGGUUGAUGAAGGAGAGCAGUGUGACUGUGGAUCCUUAAAAUUGUGUACUAAAGAUCCCUGUUGUUCGGCAAACUGCACUCUGAAACCUGGGGCUGCUUGUGCUUUUGGGCUUUGUUGCAAACACUGCCAGUUCAUGCCAUCGGGCACAGUCUGUAGAGAAAAGGACAAUGAAUGUGACCUUCCAGAGUGGUGCAAUGGAGCCUCGCACAACUGUCCAGCAGAUGUGCACGUGCAGGAUGGGGUCCGUUGCAUGGGUGGUGGCUACUGCUAUGAAAGGAGAUGCAAUAUCCGUGAUGAACAGUGUAGGCAAAUUUUUGGCAAAGAAGCCAAGAGUGCAAAUCAGAGUUGCUACAGGGAAAUGAACAUCCGAGGUGACCGUUUUGGUCACUGUGGUUUGAAUGGCUCUACAUAUGUAAGAUGUAGUAUCUCAGAUGUCCUGUGUGGGAGAGUUCAGUGUGAGAAUGUGACAGUAAUUCCCCUUCUGAAAGAUCAUUCUACUGUGCAUUGGACUCACAUCAAUGGUGUCACCUGCUGGAGUACCGACUAUCAUUUAGGGAUGACCAUACCUGAUAUAGGUGAAGUGAAAGGUGGCACAGAGUGUGGUGCAGAACACGUGUGCAUCCGCAGGCGGUGUGUUCCUAUGUCACUUUGGAGCAGUUCUUGUUCACCUGAGACCUGCAAUAUGAGAGGGGUCUGCAACAAUAAACAUCACUGCCACUGCAGCUCUGAGUGGGAUCCCCCUGACUGCCUGACAGCCGGCAGUGGAGGCAGUGUUGAUAGUGGCCCACCCCCUCAGAGAAAAGUGAAUAAGAUGGAGACGACAGUACUUUGGAUUCCAGUUGUGGUCUUGCUUUGCUAUUUGUUACUUUUGCUUUGCUGUAUGUUACUUUGUUUUUAUGGCAUGCGCAGAAAUUAA